GAUAAUGAUGAUAUUGAUCAAUCAAUCAUUCAACAAAUUUUAAAUAUAACUGAUUGUGGCCGACGUUCAGGAUCCAAUUUGCAUCAUCCAUAUGAUUCGAAACAAAAAAAUCAAUUUGGAACAUAUAUUGUUGGUGGUAUUGAAUCAUCAUUGAAUUCAUGGCCAUGGAUGGUUGGUAUUUAUCGUCAAAAACGUUUUAUUUGUGGUGGUAGUAUUAUUGGUUCAAAAUAUAUUCUAACAGCUGCACAUUGUGUUACACGUGGUGGUGGUGGUGGUGGUGGUAAUUCAACAACAAUAAUGGCUGAAAAUUUAAAAAUUUUUAUCGGUAAUAAUCGAUUGCCUGUGGAUACAAAACGAUUGAAUAAAACUACAGCUACAACAAUAUUGAGACCUAAUGAUGAUAAUAAUUGGUUACGAAUGUUGGAACAACAAAAUGGACAAUUAUUAUCCGUUGAAAAAGUAAUAUCACAUGAAUUAUAUUCAUCAAAAUUCAUAUUAAAUGAUAUUGCCCUAUUAAUAUUGAAUGAAACAAUCAAUCUGAAUGAUUCAAUAUUGAAUGCAAUUUGUUUACCAACAUCGAAAAUUAACGAUAAAAUUAUUGAUGGAAAAAAUACUACAAUAAUUGGUUGGGGUCAUCAACAAGAAGGUGGUUUUGUAACAAAUCAUUUACAUGAAGUACAAAUACCAAUUAUAAAUAAUGAACAAUGUAAAAAAAUAUAUGGUUCAAAACGUAUUAAUGAUAAACAUAUUUGUGCUGCAUUUAAAAAUGGUGGUCAUGAUUCAUGUCAAGGUGAUUCUGGUGGUCCAAUGAUUAUGAUUGAUAAUCAGGAUGAUGAUGAUAGUGAUGAUGACGAUGAGGAUCAAGACGAUGAUGAUGAUAAUGAUCAACGAUAUUAUCAAAUUGGUAUUGUAUCAUGGGGUCGUGGAUGUGCACGUCCAAAUCAACCAGGUGUUUAUACACGUGUUGAUAAAUAUAUUCAAUGGAUUUUGAAACAAAUUUGCAGCAACAACAACAACAACAAUGACGAUGAUGAUGCUUGUCCAUUUCAAUCGACAACAACAACAACAACAACAACAAAUGAAAAUCUUUCCAAUUAA